CAUAUAUUUAUUUAUAAAUCCACAUGAAACAUGUAAUUUUCUUAUAAUUGAUAACAAUUGUUAAAAAUGUCCACUACACAUCGUCAUUGGAAUGAUUCAAAUUAUCAACAAACAAAUGCUAAUCAAGAAGAUAAUGAGGCUAGUUAUGUUGAACAACAAUUUGAAUUAGACAGAAAUGUAAUGAACAGUGUACAACAACAACGACAACAACAAAAUGAUUGUAUGAAUAAUAGUAGUAGUGGUAGUGGUAUUGAAAUGAGUGGAUAUACUAAUGACAUGGUGGAUUAUGAUCGAUUAGAUCCUAUGAAAGCACAAUCAGUUAUUAAUCCAUUAUUAUACGGUAUGGAACCGGAAUUAAUUGGAUUUGUACAAAAACAUCAUGUUGUAAUGGAUGAUGGAGCUGUGGUCAAUAAAGCAGCAAUGUUAAGAAAAGCAGCAUACGAUUCAAAAAUUCGAAAGAAAUUUCAACCACCUGGUGGUUUAAGUCUCAAAAUGUUCAUUGUUUUAAUGAUUUUAAUCCUGAUACUAUUCCCAUUAGUUAUAAUUACGCUAACUGUUGGCAUUGUCUAUGCUUAUAAAAUAAUUGCACCGAAUUUACCUAAAGCAUCACCAUGGUGGCGUCGUACACAUAUUUAUCAAAUUAAUAUUGAAACAUGGGCAAAUGAUGUCGAUGGACCAGUUGGUCGAUUACAAGAUUUAAUACCACGUAUGGAAUAUUUGUCUAGUCAGAUUGGCGCUACAAGUAUUUUACUCACUCAUUUACUAAAUUCUGAUGUAAAUGGUAUUAUCGAUUGGGAGACAAUUAAUCAAUCUAUUGAUCCAACAGAAGAAGCAUUCAGUAGUAUUUUACCACAACUUGUACAAAAAUCUAAAUCACCAUUGGGUAAACGAAAAACUAAUCAACCAAUGAAAAUUCUAAUUGGUUUACCAAUCUAUGCAACAAGUAAUCGACAUGAAUGGUUUCGUUUAAGUCAGUCUACAAUCAAUGAUGCUUAUACUUCAUUCUAUGUAUGGACUAAUGUAGAACCUGUAACAGAUCAACAGAAACGACAUUAUACAUACAAUUCAAUUCGUCGUGCAUACUAUCGUCAUGUACAUGGUAAUCCAAAUAGUCCAUUGUUGAAUUUAAGUAAUCCGAAUGUACAAAUAAAAAUGAAUAGUGUUAUAAAAUUUUGGCAACGAAAACUUGAAAUCAAAGGUCUUAUGAUAAUGAAUUCAAGUAAUUUACUUGAAGAAAUGUUUCCAGGUGUUAGGAAAAUUCUCAACACUAAUACUGAUGAUGAAUUCAUAUGGUUUGCUGAUGAACCGAAAAUUGAUGCCAUAGUGAAUAAUGAACAAAAAGUUUGUUUGCAUAAACUUACGCUGAAUAUUCGAGUACCAACAAGAAGUGAUGAUUUAAAUUCACAAAUUCAACAAGCUAUGAAUAAUUCACGAUCGAGAAAAUGUAGUCCAAUUUGGUUGGUACAACAAUUAAGCGAAGAUAAUAAAGAUUUUGCAACAAUUCAAAAAUUAGCUUAUUUUCUACCUGGAAGUUAUUUAAUGUUAGCUGGACAUGAAGUUGACAUAACUACCGGUAAUGAACAAUUAUUAAAAUGGUCAUAUGAUAAUUAUUUAGAUUAUACAACUUAUUGGCCUAUAAAUAUUAAUUUACCACAAAAUGGUAAACAACGUUUACAUGAUUGGAAGAUAUAUUGGGAAAAAUCCUAUGAUCUAUCAUUAUUGAAUACACCAAUUGAAAAAAAUAAUUUAGUGACAUUUAUACCAAAAGGUACAUAUAAUCUAUUUUGUAUCUAUCGUAAUUAUGAUAAAACAAUUUAUCGUACAUAUUUUAUUGUUAGUUUUCAAACAUUGAAUACUAUUGUACAUUUUUCAACAAUAUUUUAUGAUUUAAUUAGUUCGCCGAAAAUGGAUGUAGUUUAUGAUUCAAAAAGUGUUUAUCAUGGUAGACGACAAUUUACUGAUGAAUUAGUAGUUAAUAAUCAAGUUUUAUUACUUUACUAUUAUUGAUGUAGUUAGUUAGUUAGUACUGGUGGUAGUAAUGAUAAUCAUGCUGAAUAAACUGUUUAUAGUUUAAAAACUUUGAAUGAAAUAUAAAAUGAUUCGACCAAUAAUAAUAAUAAUAAUAUCCCGUCACCUUUUUUUUUAUUUUAUACUUUAUGAAUAUAUAAUUUUUCUAAACUA